AUGGAGCCUGACAGCGAGACCCACGAGCUCAACGGGCCGCCCGAGAACGGGCUGCUGGAGGGCGCGCAGCCGCCGGCCGCCGAGCGGAGCAGAAGAUCACAGUGGUUUCAAAGAAAUGGACCGAUGAAUAUCAACCAUUAUGCAAACAAGAAGAGUGCUGCGGAGAGCAUGUUGGACAUCGCCCUGCUCAUGGCCAACGCAUCCCAGCUGAAGGCCGUGAUGGAGCAGGGACCUUCCUUUUCUUUCUACGUGCCRCUCAUCGUGCUUAUCAGCGUAUCGCUCACGCUGCAAGUUCUAGUGGGAGUGCUCCUUAUAUUCCUUGUAAAAUAUGACCUUAACAACCCUGCAAAACACGGGAAGCUGGAUUUCCUCAACAACCUUGCAACGGGACUAGUAUUCAUUAUAGUAGUUGUGAAUAUUUUUAUCACUGCCUUUGGAGUGCAGAAGCCAGUGGCUGAAUCAUCAAAGCAGUAAGCACGAGACAUCUGAACUAUUCAUUUUCCCCAUAGAUGCCAUUUGCACUUGAGCAAGUUACACUCAGACAUAGAAAAAAAUAAUCCGAAGGAACUGGGCACAGAGCAGCUCUCGAGUUUCUGUCAACAAACACGUUUGAGAGCCUGGAACUCUGCAGUGUGUUCUACCUUCAGGCAUCUAAGGAACGGUUAAUUCUGACCCACUGACUUSACUUUUCUGGAUUCUGGCAUUUCAAUUUUUGUAUAAACAAGUAGUUUUUCUUCUGAGGGUAUCUGCUUCAUAGACUUCAAGACUUGCCUUUUGUUUUUGCAGUAAUUUGACUUCUCCAGCGUGCUAAGGAACCGCAGGCGCUCAGCUUGGCGUGGUCACAUUGUCCUUCACUGCACUCGUUUGUUACCUGGCCUGGGCUGUUGCACAGCACGGCAGUGCCUUUCCUGCUCCCUGCACCACGAGAGCCCUGCCUUGUUUGCUCUCCCUCUCCCCAUUCUGCUCCUCGGCCAAGGCAGAGCUUAAACAGCUAGAGCAGUAGCCUGUCUUCUGGCCAGCUUUGCUCGCAGCCAGUCAUUUGUUCUGCUGCCUUGUCUCUGGACUACCUUCAAAGCAACCUCUGCAUGGUUUCUUACUCUUAACUGCUGUACUUCCAUGCCAUGUCUAUAGCUCUGGAAAGCCUCUUAGGAGCAUUGCCUUUGCUAGGCCCAACACACAAGUGAGCGUUGCUAGGCUGGACACACAAGUGAGCUUGCAAAACCAGCACCGAGUGCCUGACAACACCUCACAAGGCAGAUAAAAGAUUCAUCCCUCUAACCUACUUUCUCCUUUCCCCACCUCUGACUUCUGCAGUCGUCUUGCACUCAAGCUUAUGGAUAAUAUUUCAUUAAUUUAUAUAAAGAGAUGCAGAAAUCUUCAUAGAUUCUUCAUAGACUCUUACCUGCUGGCUCAGGGACCGACACCUUCUCUAAACACACAGUUUCUAGCAACAGUGCAUAUCACACAAAUGGCUGCAGCAGAAGCAUUUCAGCCUUUUCAUUUCCAAAUUAUCUGCUACCAGAGAAAUCAUGGAUUUAUAGCAUGUGUUACUUGUAGAUAUAAAAUUCUACUAAGACAUUAUCUUUUAUAUUUUUAAAUGCUUUUUCCUUGUAGAUAUUAACAUAAGUGUGGCUUCCACUGUGCAAGUAUCUCAUUUCAUUUAGACUUAGAUAAAAUUGCUUUUCAUAUCUUUAUAUAUAUUUAAAAAUAGCAGAAAUCAGAAGCUUUUGCAAUUAGUUAAAGCAGAAGUAAUAUUUUUGAAUUUUGUAUUUAACCUUUUGUUGCGUUAUCUCCAACUUAACAUGCGUUUUUCAGGAUCUGACAAACUUUUUUUCGGGAUCCGAGAAACAGUUKUUUUAAUUUUGUAUUGUACAGAUUUAAACAUAUUUCAGAACAGCUCCUAAUGAGGUACUCAGGAAAAACUGUCUUCAGUUCCUUUCUUAUUUCACUCCACUUGUUAUUAGACCAUCAUUUUUUUCAGGUCAAUCAAGUGAACAAGCUGUUACAAUAUYUUGCAGGGAGAGAAAACUGUAAUCACUGUUCUGAUGCUGUUGUCCAAGAGAAACUACCAAGGCUUGUGUAUUCCAUCUCCCAGGUUCUUAUGCUGUAGCAAAAAGAAAAAGCUAAUURGAUCCAGAAAACUAGUCGGAGACAUUCGCUUGUGUGAGGUUGUAUCUACUACAGAUUCCAGGAGAUUUUGGGAUGUGGGUUUAGGGACAUAUAGGAGGGAAAAAAAMCACACUUAAGCUUGAACACAUUCUUGGGUAUCCAAAGCUGACUAUAUUGAUCUGCACUUCGCAGGAGGUGCCUGGUCUCUUCAAAUCUUGAGACAAAAUCUGACAGAACCAGGCUUAGGACAAUAAAAACUUGAAUCCCAUUUCCUGUCUGCCUGCUGAACA